UGAUUUAAGCUUUUUAAACACUGAUGGUGUUUUUUUCGUAUGGUACUACAGCGUGUUUGGCAGACCGCGUAUAAUCGGCCCCGCUUUGGAAAAAAUCUGAUUUUAAGGAAAAUGUGAUUAAUAAGAUUUAGUGUUACAGCGUAAAAUUGUCAGUUUUCCCCGCCAUCAGUUCAGUAGCAAGUGCCCAGACACUGGCUAUCCUGACUGAAUGUUUUGUCUCCUCAGUCCCUCCCUUCAGACGCUGGGUUAUUUACCUUAAUAUAGGUCACCACGUAUAUCUUCCACAUCCUUUCUAAUUUUAACGUGCAAUCGAUAAAGUGUCGUUAAAUAAGCCAAAGAGUCAGAUCUUUUGUACCAAAACUGUUCCUGCAUAUGAUAUUGCUGAUAGGAUUCGUUUUUCAGUUACGUCUAAGAAGUUCUGCUUCUUAUUUUAAUAGGGGUUUAGAAAACUGCGGUAGAGUAGACCGUGGCCUGAACCCUUCUUUUUCCCGCUGUAAUUAAGAGGGGACUUGUCCCCCCCCCCAAAUCUGUAACAUUUUAGAUUUUGAACAUCGUGAUACAAACAUUAAUUAAAAACACAUUAAAUCUUGGGAAUGCUUAGUUCCGUUCUGUUCAAAAUCGUAAAUCUCCGAUCUGUCUAAAACAUGAGGACUAAAGUAAAUGAUUUACCUGUUGUCAGUGGCGGACUUAACGCAAGCUCUAACUCAGGGCUUCACGAUGUGAGGGUUGUCAGAAAGUUUUAUGUUUAUUUUUUAAUGUUCUCUUCUGUCAGAAUAAUGAAUAUAUAUUUGCUUAGGGCCCUACAUGUUCUGUUGUGUGGGCGUGAAACUCAAGCUUUGAGGAAGGAAUAUCGAUUAAGGAAGAAUAAUUGUAUCUAAGAACAAGGAAGGAACAGGAUGGUAAAGAAAAUUGGAUUAUGAAGAGCUGCAUAAUUUGUACUCUUCACCACAUGUGAGGGUGAUGACAUCUAGGGUAAUCGGGGCAUAGGAACCCAACGUCGUGGCCGGAUAAUAACACCAUGGUUUCGUAUUUGGGAUGUCCCGGGUUCAAAUCUCGGUCCGGAGUCCUGCUGUCCUGACUUUCUUGAUUUUCCUCAGUCCUUUCGUACAAAUGCCGGGGUGCUACUUUAAAUUAAGCCCUGGCCGCUUCCUUCAAUAUUACUUUCAAUUAAUUAUUUAUUAAUUAUUGUACCAUUUAACGCUACAUAGUCCUAGCUACUGAGAUCAACAGUUAAAUGAAUCAUAAAUAAAUGAAUGGCACCCAAAGGGGAAGAUGAGAAUUUACCUGAAACCUAGAAGGAAAGAGACUGCUUUGGAAAUCUAGGUUUGGAUGUGAGGACAGUGUUAAAGUGUUUAAAUAAAUCUGGUGUGAGUGUGUACUGGAUUGAACUGUUUCAAGAUUGGGUCCAGUGGUGAGCAGUUAUGGUCAUGGUAAUGAUUCUUGUUCUUCUGAAAGUUCAUGGAAUUCAGCUACUGAAGAAGGAAUCUCUCCAAGGAAUUGGUUACGCUGGCAGGCGGUCUGUAUUGAUUAAAGGAGCCAGUUGUGGUGUGGAUAAUUUCUGUUUUAGACUGACAUAAAGAAACUUCAUGUCCCCACACACAGUUUUGUAGAGUGGCUGAUGAAAACAAAGUCACGGAAACCAUUAAUUACAAUUAAGCCAAUUCAGCAGUUUCACAUAUUAUUCAUAUGAAAGGUAGAUUUACCCGUUUGUGAGGAUGAAUUGAUUGUAAUUCAGCAAUCAUCUCUCAGAAUUGGUACGUGCCAGGAUUGCUUUAUUCUCGCUCUGCCAUUUAUAAUUUUAAUAAGCAUUUAAUUGUAUAUGUAACCAGUGGAACUGUUGAAGAAUAAACUCAUUAGUUUUAUAAGAAAUAAUUGACAGUGUGGCAGUAUAUCAUUUCCUGGUGGGGAAAUAAGGUGGCAGUCGGGGAGUGGCCGGAACAUGUUAUCACUCAAGGCGACGAGAAAGUCUGCAUGAGACUGAUAACAAUACACAAGCUUCUGGUAAGACUAUUAUACAUUCUUCUGGGAAGUUUCAGUGACACCUGGUGAUGUGUCAUGCUUCCACCACAAUCUUUUAGUACCUGGGGGUUUCCAUAUGACUUCAAGUCCUAGUUCCUGCUGCGGAUUGGUGGUGAUGUGAACAUGGAAGAGAACUAUGAAAAUGUAUUUUGGAAUAUUAGGGAAGAUUGGAAGGAAUACUGGGCAUGUGAGCAGAGCAUCGCAUCGGCGCGGGCGUCUGUAAUGGUUUAUGAUGAUUUAAACAAAAAGUGGAUUCCAAGUGGCACCUCUUCAGGGUUAUCCAAAGUUCACAUCUACCAGCACCAAGUGAACAACACGUUCAGGGUAGUUGGUCGCAAACUGCAGGAUCAUGAGGUGGUGAUUAACUGUGCUAUCUUGAAAGGACUAAAGUAUAAUCAAGCAACGGCCACAUUCCACCAAUGGCGUGAUAACAAACAGGUGUAUGGACUCAACUUUAGCAGUAAGGAGGAUGCCGACUCCUUUGCUCGUGCCAUGUUCCAUGCUCUAGAUGUGCUGAGCAAUUCCAUCUCUCGGUCAGUGGGGCAGCCACCCAUGGCACCUGUCACUCAGCCUGUGUACCAGCCCACAAAUAAUGGACAAUAUGAAGAAGACAUGGGAUACAGUCAGAUGGUGACAUUGCCGAGAGUUGCGUUGUAUCACCAGGUGCCCUCAGCUGCCCCAGCCCCAUCACGGAUACCACAUUCAGAGGUUGGCCCCAGUGGACCAGCAAGUUUUGUUGACAGGACUAUGACACGGGAGGAUGUCGCCAUUAUUCAGGAGCGCAGGAUGUCACAGCAGCAGCAACCGCCACAGCAGCAACAGCAAAUUUUAGGAAGCCCAGGGAGCCCGUCACCAGGAGCUCCAGCACCUCCCGCCCCACCAGGCCACCAUCGCGCCUCUUCAGCUCCUCCUGCCCCACAACCUCCACCAAUGGCCUUGGCUCCCCCAACAUCAUCACCUCAAACAGCUAUGCCACCCCCUGCACCCCCUGCCCCACCGUGUCCUCCUUGGCUUGGUGUCCUCCUCCUCCCCCACCUCCCCCUGCCCCCAACAUGUCUCGGUCAUGUAGUUCUGAUGGGCAGGAACAGACCUCCUCGUUGGCAGCACAACUUCAGAGUGCCAAACUCCGCAGAUCAAACAAGCAAUCUGCAGAGAACAGUGGUUCCAGCACUAGCAGUAGCGGCAGCAGCAGUAACUAUGGUACCAUUGGACGUGGUGGAAUGGCGAGCAUGUCAAGUAUGAUGGACGAGAUGGCCAAGACUCUGGCAAGACGUAGAAAGGCCGUUGAGAAGAAAGAGCAUCCUGAUGCAGAACAGGAGGGAGACACAGGGCAGGACAAAAAACUGUGGGGAGACAAAACUAGCACAAAUGGUAGCAAGUUUGGUAACAGUGGUGCCAGUGGUGGAGGAGGUAACGGGUCUGGCUCGGAGUCUCCGAAGCCAUCUCGUAAGCG